AUUAAGAUAACAAAGAGCACAGAGAUAAAUAUUCCUUCACAAAAGAAGAAAAAAUUGGAUCGAAGUGAACCCUUCUGAAAUAAUAAGAGUCGGUUUGAUUGACGGUGGAAAAGAACGUAAUCGCUGAAAAACAAAACGACAAGGGAUAUUGCUCUACCAUCUGUAUUUACCAUUGACACAAAGAAAAAUUAAUAUCCCCGUUGGGCCCAUUAAAAACAAAAAAACAAAUAAAACUCAAUUAAGGUGCUUAAACAAAAGAAUAGAAACGAUUGCAUGGAAAACGACUUAACAUAUGCUAAAACGGCUUGCACUGUAAAUGCUGAUGGUAAACGAUUGUUAAACUUGAGCGCACGGAAGCAACAUGCAGCACAACGAGAACUCGACGUUCGACUCGUUCACAGAUCUCAUCAACACAACAACACGUCCGUCGGAAGAGAGGUACGUCUUGGACCACUGGGCUUUUAAGUUUUUCUCUUAUUUCUUUGGCAUUGCUUUUGGUAUUUUUUCGCUUUGCUGCCUUGUUUUCAUCGUUCGACAAUGUAAGCAGCCAUCAAGCAGUCGGAGCAUCCACAGUCGCUUUACAACUGUUCAACUGUUUGUGGCAGCGGCUUUGAAAGAAGUCGCGCUAUUUUGGUCCCCUCUGCUGUUAGACGGUGAAACAACUGAAAUAGUAUUAAUAACACUACUUGUAGAUUGUGUCUCGGUAGCGCUGAUUCUGACUGCUUUUAGCAUUCUUCUCCUCAUAUUGCUGGAAUCAACCAAAAUAUCAUUAGCUCCACCGAGGCUCCAAAACAUUUGGGUGUUGCUCGGAUUUACAGUGGUUCCGACCGUAAUUAUGCUCACAUUCAACCUGUUGGUGCUGUACGUCAGAGAAGUUUGGUACCUCGUAUCCUAUGUGACAAUUCUUGGCUGGGGAAUAUUCAUCUGCGUUGGUUACCUAAUAGCAGGACACAGGAUGUGGCGAAACCUGAAGUCAUCGCGACAGCUCGGAACAUCUUCGGGAGAUCGAAAGCUCAGAAACAUAACCUUCCUUGUAUUCGUAGCACCGUGGAUCACUGCAGUAUUUCUAAUUCUCGACGUCUGCCUCGCUGCCAGCUUUUACGAAAUGUCAUCAGUGGCGGUCACCGAAAAGGAAAUCUGGGAGAGAUAUACGAUAGCAUUUUUGCUCCAGAGCUGCGAGUUUACAAUUGUGCUUCUGAUAUUCGGAGUUGUCGUAAGAACGAAGUCUGGAAAAGGUUCAGUUGAUAAUGCUCCAACAGUACAGUUAGGAACAUUUUUUGAUGAAGAGCCAAAGACAGAGAACUAAGAAGAUGACAACGAAUAUGGAAGUAAAAUCAUCACACCAAAGUAAGACAUGGAUUCCUGUGGGACGUUCUUUCUUUCCCACACAAGUAACUUUAGUUGCGAGAAAAGAAUUCAACUAUAAUAGCAAUUAGAUAGCAAAACAAGAAUACAAUGCGAGUCGAUUGAAAAUUUAAAAAUUCUUCAAAAGAGGGAGCUACUACAAAGCCAGCGUGACGGGCACUCAGUGACGUAAAUCUAGAGCGUGAGUUUGUAGGGACGUUGUGGGAAGAGGGAAAACGCACCUCUUUCGAGCGCGCGUGCCAAGGAACAAACGCUUCUUUAACUGGAGCGGUUGCUACACAGAAUGUUAACGAGGUCGAGCCUUUCAACUUGAGGACACAACUAAGAUAAUCCUCAACUGAAAUUAUAAUAACUUCUCCUGCUAAAUUUUACCUUUCAGUGUUACCUAAUAGUUAAUAUAUAAUCCUUGAAACGUAAUUUUUUAUAUAGCGAUAGACUCUUUCUCAGAGAGCCGCGUUCAAUUUACGUGGUGAUUUCAUUCGCAAACUUUACAAUUCAGCGCACUGUCUAUUUAACAUGACAAGGUUUUUCAAUCAAUAUUUACCAAGGACAAAGGUACAAGGGAUUAUGUCCUCGCUUGUGAAAAGCCGCUUUUGUCGCGUAGUCGGUAGCGACACAACCCUUUUCGGGUUGGCCCUUAUCCAAUCGAGGAAGACAAUGGUAAAGAAUAUGAACUUAAAAUAAAAAUUACAUCAUGAAUGGUCUUAUUAUGGAGUUCAACAAUCAAUAACCACUUCGUGAAUAUUCAUUAAAUAAAGAAAAUAUUUUUCUCGUCUCAGUUCUUUGAGAAUGACCAAGGAAAGAUAAUGUUAAAAGGUCAAUGUUAGUAAAAAAAAAUUGAUAAAUUGAUUGGUAGUUUUUGCCAUGAAAUAUUCCAAGCACGCGAUUUUGAUAAAAAGAUGUCACCUCCUUAAUUUCAGUCAGGAAACAUAACUAUAAAGCAGAGAUUCAGCAAUUGUAAAGCACACCAGAUAAGUAAGGCUAAUGCAAUAACCUUCCACAAAGAUGCUCUGAAUUCUCUUUUCAAAGUCUCCUUCGCCUGAAGUUAGAACGCACUUCUUAUAAAUUGGAAUACCGACGAUAUAAAUAAAGUCAAUUCCGAACUCUCGUUAAUCUAAAAAAAAAAAACAAAAAGAGAACAAAUAAACACAAACUACUCAACAGAAGCAAUAACAAUCCGAAUGCGUGCAUAACAAUUAACGAAUCCGCAUUACACUAAA